AUGGGUAAGCUCUUCAACACACCUGUUAUGCUUCUGUUUGAUACUGGUGCUUCGCAUUCCUUUAUUUCCACUCAUUGUGUGACUACCUUGAAACUCGGUACGAAACAAUCAGAACAUAGAAUAGAAGUAUCUUUCCCAAUAGGAGGCCGUAUAGAGAUCUCACGUACUUGCUCGAACUUAGAAAUCACUCUGAGCGAACUUAAGAUUGUAGCAAACAACCUGAGUGUUAUGAUCAUGUGGGAUAUGGAUAUUAUAUUAGGGAUGGACAGACUGGCUGAAAACCAUGCCACGAUCUUGUGCAAGAAAAGGCAUAUUUCUUUUAGAACCCCCGAAGGUGAAGCUACUCGCUUUCACCGAAUUUCCAUGGGAACGCGAAAAUCUGUAAUCUCGAUGCUGCAAGCCAGUAAGCCGGCGAAGAAAGAAUGCCUGGCGUAUUUUGUCUACCUUAACAAAGAGAAGAAAGAAGAAAGAAAAUUGGAAGAGGUCGAAAUCGCUCGUGAAUUUCCAGAUGUGUUUCCUGACACACUACCUGGUCUACCGCCAGAUCGAAAAGCAGAAUUCACUAUAGAUCUAGAACCAGGAUCUGCCCUGUAUCGAAGGCACCAUAUCGAAUGGCCCCAAGGGAACUGGAUGAACAGAAGGUACAACUGCAAGAACUCUUGGACCUGGGAUUCAUCCGACCCAGUAUCUCGCCGUGCGGAGCACAUGUACUGUUUGUUAAGAACAAAGAUGGGACCAUGA